GUCAGACGCUGUAACUGCACCGUGUGCAUGAGGACAGUCGAAGAUGGCGACAGGAGUCCUUCACAGAGUCAGCGGUGGUCUGGGUCGGGCUAAAAGCAGGGCCCAGUCGGCCGGACAGCUCGUCGUAUGGAGCAGGGGAUUUGCAGCAUCAAGCAGCAGAAACGGAAAGGACAGCUGGUUCAAGUCACUGUUUGUGAGGAAAGUUGAUCCCAGGAAAGACACACACGCCAACCUACUGACCAAAAAUGAGGAAAAUAAUCUGUACAAAAUUCAGUUCCAUAAUGUCAAGCCAGAGUGCCUGGAUGCAUACAACAAACUGUGCGAGGAUGUUUUGCCCUCCAUCCAUGCUGAUAAGUACUACCCCUGUGAGCUGGUGGGCACCUGGAAUACCUGGUAUGGAGAACAAGACCAGGCUGUUCAUCUGUGGCGUUACAGAGGUGGAUACCCGGCUCUAACAGAGGUGAUGAACAAGCUCAAGCAGAACAAGGAGUUCACAGCGUACAGGAAGGAGCGGGGUAAGAUGCUGAUGUCUCGCAGAAAUCAGCUCCUGUUGGAGUUCAGCUUCUGGAACGAGCCGGUGCCCCGAGAGGGCCCCAACAUCUACGAGCUCAGGUCCUACCAGCUCAGGCCAGGAACCAUGAUCGAGUGGGGUAAUUACUGGGCCAGAGCCAUCGGAUACCGCCAGCACAACAGAGAAGCUGUGGGAGGGUUUUUCUCACAGAUCGGCAAUCUCUAUAUGGUCCAUCACCUCUGGGCUUACAAAGACCUUCAGUCCAGAGAAGACACAAGGAAUGGUGCCUGGCAGCAGGAGGGCUGGGAUGAGGUGGUGUAUUACACAGUUCCUCUCAUUCAACAUAUGGAUUCCAGGAUCAUGAUCCCGACAAAGGCUUCCCCACUGAAGUGAACGAGAGCCGAGCUGGAGGCUGAAACAGAGUGGCACCCCUUGUGAAUGUUACAUCCAUCCAGAGCAUCACUAUCAUGGUUUCAACUUCCUGUUAGUGCUGCCAAACAACAUCCCUUCUGUUUUCUUGUCCUUACGUCACGACUUCCAAGAUGUCACCAGGACAGUGGAGGCAACAAUGCCUACCAUGUAUAAAUAUAUGAAAAUAUCCAAUAUCAGUUACAGGCCUUGGCGAUGCACAACUUCUUUUUGGGUUCUGGAGCAGGACGAGUAAAUUUGGCCAAUUUAAACCGCCUCGAUGGUCGUCUGGUGCCACAUUAACACUGGUCCACAGAGAGCUAAUCUCGAACCAAAGUUACUUGAAAAGACAAGCAGCUGUGUGUAAGUGUUAGAGCAUAUAGGAGGAAUAGUGCUGCUGACGUACUCUGCACAAUGCAGCAGCUUUUUAUUUAUUUAUUGUAAAUUUGGAACACAUAUGUCAUAAGUGUGCUGAGGAGGAGCACUUUGAUGCAAGCCAUGCCAUAGCUGAGUGAAGUGAGAGAACGCAUCUGUAUAUUCAUGAAUACUGUAGACCAUAAAGUGGUAUAUAAUGUAAACCUCAUUUUAUAUUUGACUGAGUUCAACAAACUGCUCCGUUCAGUUGCUUUUUCUUGACGUUCCUGGGUUCCCCGUCAUGGUAUUGUUACGGUUUCAUGGUGCUGUGUGUGUAUCUAUGGCUUCUACCUUUUCUUUUCUUGUAAAGACAGCAUGCCUGGUUUUGAAAACAGGUUUUUAUCCAACAAGACAAAUGUUAUCUAUCAGUGGCUGAGUGAUCCGGCUGCUGCAUACUGUAAUAUCAGAAUUUAAUGUUAAAGGAAGCAUGUUUAUCUUGUCGUUUUGUUCUUCAGUUCAGAGGGGAGCAGUGGAUAGUAAGGACAAGUACGCCAACACAGAAUAAAGCGGUUCAGACAACA